CUGUGUAAUGCUAACUUUCGGAUAGGGUGUUCAGGGCUAGUAGCUUAAUCCUACUCUGCGCGCGCGAGGGAGAGAGAGAGAGGGGCUUCCAUGGCGUCGAUCCUCAGUAUCUCGACAGCACCACCCUCCGCUAGGAUACCAUCCACAGCGACCUCUCUGCCCUCUCCUGCUCUUACAACCCGACUCCAUCUCCCUUCUUCUUCCUCUUCUUCGCGUUUGUCGAGCACCGUCAGCCGUUUUCUUUUCGCAUCCGUCCCAAAUCGUCGGGUCCUUCCUCCCGUCUUCGUCACCGCCGCGGAGUUGGCCGAACCUGAAGAAACCACCGACUCGGAAGCCGUCGGAAAUGCCGAACUGGAAGCGAACCAACUUGCCGCACCUCUUCAGAUUCCCAAAGGAGAAGAAGUAUUCGCGGUAGUCAUGGUGGGCUCCCGGCAGUACAUUGUCUUCCCCGGACGCUUUCUCUAUGUGCAGAGGCUGAAGGGUGCCAACGUGAACGAUAAGAUUAUCCUCAACAAUGUUUUGCUUGUAUCAACCAAGUCCAAUACUUAUAUUGGUAAACCAGUUGUGCCAAAUGCUGCUGUUCAUGCAGUAGUGGAAGAGCAUGGUUUGAAUCGCAAAGUUAUUGUCUUCAAAUACAAGAAGAAGAAAAACUACCGGAGGAACAUUGGACACCGCCAGCCCAAUACACGGAUCAGGAUAACUGGCAUUUCAGGCUACCAGGAUGCACCUGCUGUUGAAGUGGUUACUGCACAGUAGACUGGCUCUGUUUUCAGCUUUCACGACACUGCUUUUUAUUUUGCUCUCUCUCUCGCUCUCUCUCUAUCUCUCUCUCAUGCACAUGAACAUGCACGACCCUAACCUCAACACGAGCAAAUGGAAUCUCAAACCGGAGAGAUGCUAGCUGAGGUGUACAAAUGGCUUCCUCAGUUUCAAUUUAGUUUGUUUCAGAAAAUAUGUUCUCCCCUUGGUCUUAACCAAAGACUUCACAAGCUUGUCAAUGACUUUGUAAGGAAAAUUAAAGAAAACAAUAUUUUGUCUCCCUUCUUUA